UAGCGCCGUGCAGUCUACCGGCAAGUGGGUGGAGAAAUUGUUAAAGCAGAGCAAGCUGCGAGCCAUCCAGGAGGUGGAUGGCACCACCGUCGCCGUCGCCGCCGCCGCCGCGAGUGUGCGUGACCGGCGGCGGCGGGUUCAUCGCCUCGUGGCUCGUCAAGCUGCUCCUCUCCCGGGGCUACGCCGUCCACGCCACGCUCCGCGACCCGAGUGAUCCGAAGAACGCGCAUCUGAUGCAGCUGGACGGCGCGGCGGAGAGCCUGAGCUUGUUCAAGGCCGACGUGCUCGACCGCGCCGCGCUGGCCGCCGCCGUCGCGGGUUGCCAGGGCGUCUUCCAUGUCGCCUCCCCUGUGCCCGCGGAGAAGAUCGUCGAUCCUGAGUCAGAAGUCAUGGUGCCUGCCGUGAAGGGCACCUUAAAUAUUCUUGAAGUUUGUUCAUCUCUGAAGGUUCAGAAAGUUGUGGUGGUGUCAUCCACUGCUGCCGUUCAUUAUGAUCCCAACUGGCCUCAGGGUAAACCCAAAGACGAGAGUUGCUGGUCGGACAGAAAAGUAUGCAAGGAUAAUGAGAUCUGGUAUAGUCUUGCUGAAACUGUUGCUGAAGAGACAGUUUGGGAAUAUGCAGAGAAGUACAGGCUAAAUGCUGUUGCAGUAUGCCCUUGUAUUGUUCUGGGGCCACAAUUGCAAUGUGCUGUCAAUACUACAAGCGAACUCCUCCUCUAUGUCAUAACAGGAGGUCCUAAUGCGUUGAAUGACGUGCUGUGGCACAUAGUCGAUGUCCGUGAUGUGGCCGAUGCCCUGCUUCUGCUAUACGAGAAACCCGAAUCAUCCGGGAGAUAUAUCUGCGCACCAAAUUACAUUAGCACAAAGGCUUUGCUGGAGCUGCUAAAGAAGACGCACCCUGACUACAACUAUGUGAAAUGCAAGGCGGAUGCGCAGCAGAACUCUCGUAUCACGCCGAUCUCGUCGGGAAAACUGAGUAAUCUGGGCUGGAAGCCGAGGGCAUUGGAGGAGACGCUCCUGGAUAGCAUCGAAUACCACCGGAAGGCGGGAAAUCUGCAGGGUGUGGAGGGACAGACCUACCGCCUUCCUGAUAUUUUCCGUCAUUUUCAAGCUGCCGACGAAUGAGUCGAGAGCGCAGAGCGGCAGUGGCCUGUGCUUUAUAGUUAUGUCAUUGUCCUUGUGAGUGCUGAAUAUUGUGGGAAAUAGUUAAGGAUCUGCUGGGAAGUUGGUAGGAGACCAGAGAGAGUGAAGCUGCUCAUUGCCUCGCCGUCGAUUGGCUUUGGCAACACAACUUUUCGGUUCAGGAUCGUAUCUCCUGAUCUUCUGCUGUGUUGUGUCCAGAUCUCAUUGAUGAAGCAAACUGGAUUACAAAUGUUAUUGUUCAGAACAUUUUACCCUCGUCGAUAAUGAAGGGGUAGAACCCCGAUUACAUGAAUGAA